AUGGAGAAAGGAAACUCUAAGCCAUCGAUCGCUCUCAUUGUAGGAGUCACUGGCAUGGUGGGUGUAACCUUGACCGAGGCCUUGAAGAUGCCAAUGGCAUUUGGUGGUCCUUGGACAGUCUAUGGUGUGUCACGACGGGCCUUACCCACCUGGUUCCAAUCCUCCCUCCUCGACAAACACAUCAUUUUGGAUACACUGAACGAGGAAAACACUCAUACAACCCUCUCUUCACUCUCCACCCAAAUCACCCAUCUUUUCUGGGUAGCUUUACAUGCCAAUGAAAGCGAAGAACUAAACAUUUCCAGAAACUCAACUAUGCUUUCCAAUGUCCUAAGUGCAUUAACUUCUUCUCCAAACAGAAAGUUGAGUCACGUGACGUUGCAAACAGGCACAAAGCAAUAUGUUGGGCCGAUUACUGACUCAGUCAUUUCAACUCAACUCGUCCCUCAUGAACCACCCUUUAGAGAGGAUUACCCUAGACUACCAUUUCCAAACUUUUACCAUGAUUUGGAAGACAUUAUAUUUUCAAACUCCAAAGCGUUCACCUAUUCUAUACACCGUCCUUCCAUAAUCAUUGGUGCAUCUUCAAGAAGUAGCUAUAAUUUCCUUCUUACGCUCUCCGUUUAUGCACUAGUGUGCAAACACGAAAACUAUCCAUUCAGGUUUUUUGGUAAAAAGUACAAUUGGGGCCACUUUUGCGAAGCAUCUGAUGCUAGACUGAUAGCGGAGCAGCAGAUAUGGGCAACAACGACAAAAUGCGCUAAGAAUCAAGCUUUUAAUUGCACAAACGGUGAUAUGUUUACAUGGAAAAGUAUGUGGAUAGUGCUUUGUGAUGUAUUUGGACUGGAGUUUGUACCGUUCAAUGAGAAAGACAACUUUGAUUGUGUGGACUUCAUGAAAGACAAAGGACAGGUUUGGGAUAGAAUCGUGGAAGAAAAUGGAUUGUACAAGACAAAAAUGGAGGAGAUAACUUGCUUCGGCUUGUUAGAUAAUGUUUUAAAACUAGAUAUUCAAAAUGUUUGUAGCAUGAAUAAGAGUCGAGAAUUUGGGUUUUUUGGGCAUGCAAACACACUUGAAAGCAUUGCUGUGUGGGUUGAGAAAUUGCGACAAAUGAAAAUACUUCCAUAG